AUGAAGACCCACAUGUUGCUAGGCGUUGCGCUAUACGCAUGUUCGACGGCGGCAGUCACCACUGAGAUCAGGGUCAUGUCCCUGACGUCGACGGUUGAUUGCUCCGGCGCUGCCAUACCUACAGGCCUGCCAACAGUACCUAUGGGCGUUCCUGGGGCCAAUCCCACUGGUGGCAUGGUGCCGGGUGCGACUGUACCUGGCGGGGCUGGCAACCCCCCUGCGUCCACUGGAACUGUCGGUGGCGGUGGAAGUGGUGGCAGUGGAGGUAGCGGCGGUAGUGGGGGAGGUAGCGGAGGUGGAAGCGGUGGUAAUGGAGGAGACGGUGGUGGCAAUGGAGGAGGUAGCGGAGGUGGCACCGGGGGUGGUGCUACCGGCGGCGGUGCCUCUGGCGGCGGCAACGGAGGAAAUGGCGGUGGUGGUGCUGCUACUGGUGGUGGCUCUGGCGGCUCUGGCGGCGGUAACGGCGGCUCAGGCCAGACCGCGACGACUAGAAGUCCGGCUUCAGGCACAGGAGUCGUGGUCGUUCCAACAGCCGGCUCGCAAGCCCUACAACCUGGCAGUUGGCUGUCGGUGGCCAUCGGUAUCCUGGCUGUGCUGUACUAG